UAUCGACAACCGGAAGAGGAUGUUUGCUGCACAUUUACGCUCUUCUGUACCAGCGACCUGCGAGUGUCAGUUAGCGGUUAGCACAGAACAUUUCGCGACUUCUACGUAUCAAACACAGAUAUGUCUCACACGAUUCUGCUAGUGCAGCCCACCAAGAGACCAGAAGGCAGGACAUAUGCAGACUACGAGUCUGUCAAUGACUGCAUGGAAGGAGUGUGUAAGAUGUAUGAAGAGCAUCUGAAGAGGAUGAAUCCUAACAGUCCUUCUAUCACAUACGACAUAAGCCAGUUAUUUGAUUUUGUUGAUGAUCUUGCUGACCUCAGCUGUCUUGUGUACAGGGCAGACACACAAACCUACCAGCCCUACAACAAAGACUGGAUCAAAGAAAAGAUCUACGUGUUGCUGAGGCGUCAGGCCCAACAGGCAGGGAAAUAGGAAGUGGGUGACUGAGAUGCAAAUGGGCUAUUACUGAUGCUAGACAUUAACUUUAUCUGAACUACGCCACAUCACAGGACUAAAGCAGCCAGACCUAACGUUAAUGUGGUGCCGCUUAGUUCAGUUUUUGUUGAUUGCAUGUCUGUUCAGUCAGUAAAGUAAAUGUUAAAAUAUUUUGCCUUUUAAAUUGCAUUUUUGUAACAGAAGUUAGGGACAUGGGAUAUUUAUCAGACAUGAGCCUAUGAUGGGUAAAAUUGGGUACAGGAUUUAUUUUAGGCCCCUCUCAAUCAAUGAAGAUGUGUUUUCUUGUGUUUUUUUUAAUGGUUGUUGAACCCAGUAAAGUAUACUAUUUACACAUUGUUGAGUUGUCUCAUUACCCAAUUCCUGUACAAAUUUUGUUGACCUUUUCUAGUUUGUGUAUGUUUUCAGUGGCUAUUAGUAAAAAAAUAAAAAAAAUCUUUACUCAGAUGAUUGACAAUA